AUGCCUACCAACCACUGCACCUCCAGCCACGACUCCGUGAAGCUGAUCAAGUUCGCGGACGACACCACCCUCAUUGGACUCAUCUCCAACAACGAUGAGUCCGCCUACAGGAGGGAGGUGGACCGGCUGGUGUCCUGGUGCAGUGGUAACAACCUGGAGCUGAACGCCCAGAAGACAGUGGAGAUGAUUGUGGACUUCAGGAAGAGCACUGUCCCCCCGCCCCCACCCUCCGUGAUGGACUCCCCCAUCACCUCUGUGGAGUCCUUCCGUUUCCUGGGCACCACCAUCACCCAGGACCUCAAGUGGGAGCCGACCAUCAGCUCCCUCAUCAAGAAGGCCCAGCAGAGGAUGUACUUCCUGCGGCAGCUCAGGAAAGCCAAGCUGCCUGCACAGAUGUUGGUGCAGUUCUACACGGCCAUCAUCGAGUCCAUCCUCACCUCCUCCGUCACCGUGUGGUUCGCUGGAGCCACAGUCAGGGACAAACAGAGACUACAGCGCAUUGUGCGCUCUGCAGAGGAAGUGAUCGGCCGCAGCCUUCCAUCGCUGCAGGACCUGCAGGAGGUUGCGGUCCAUCAGGACUAG